CCGGCCCCGCUGCCGCCGCUUCCUCCGGGAGCUGCCGGGGAGGGGGCCCGAGGGCUUCUCCUCCUCUCGCCGGGUUAUUUUUUCCGGUGCUCGCUCCAGCGGGGGAGGUGGGAAGAGCCAAAAGGCGGCGGUACCCCCCUUGCCGCCCCCCUCCUCCUCUCCGCCGCAGCACAUGGGAAGCCAAAGUUUUCCUCCUCCUCGUCCUGCCGCUCCCGCUCGGUGCCCUCCGCCGCCCGCCCUCGCCCCGCAGCCCCCCGGGCCGGCCGAGGAUGCGGCGGCUCCGCUGGGACACCCAUGUCCCGCUGGAAUAGAGGCCGGCAGGAGCCUCUCCAGGGCCGGCAGGCAGCGAGGGCCAGCCCGCAUCUCCCGCAGGGAUCCUCCGCUCCGCGCUGGGAAGGAGCCGUCGGCACACGAGCAUCGGAUGCUUUAGCGGCGCCGCACGGCCGCGCUCCGGCCGGGCCAUGGGCACCGGGAUGUGCUCCAGGAGGCAGAAGGGGCUGGUGCAGAGCGUUUUCUGCCUGCUCACCGCCGCCUGCCUGGCCUCGGGGGUGCUGCUCUACAGCCACCUGCAGCGCAAGGUGAGCGCCGCCGAAGGGCUGGCGCAGAAAUACAAACAGCAGCAGGAAGCGCUCUCAGCCCAGCUGCAAGUGGUGUACGAGCACCGGUCCCGGCUGGAGCGAUCCCUGCAGAAGGAGAGAGGGGAGCACAAGAAGACGAAGGAAGAUUUUUUAGUGUACAAGUUAGAAGCUCAGGAAGCUCUCAACAAGGAGAAGCAAGACUCCAUGAACAGAUACGGAGCGCUCAGUUCCCAGCACAAGAUCCUGAAGAACCAGCACGACGAUGUCAAGAAGCAGCUGCUGGACCUGCAGCUGCAGCACAACGGCCUCAAACUGGAGCACCGUAAGAGCCUGGAGACCCACAGCCAGAAACUGGCACAGCUGCAGCAGGAGAGGGACAGCGAGGUGUCCAACCUGCAGGACACGGUGUUUAAACUCAGAGAAGAGAGCAAGCUGCUCAGGAAAGCCCACCAGGAGGUUCACUCCCAGCUCCUCAGUGCCCAGGCGCAGAUGGAAGAGUUCAGGCAGCUCAAGGAGGCUCUGCAGAGGAUGCCAGGCUUGAGAGGAGCAGCGGGAGCUGCCAGGGGGCCGCAGCCCCUGGUGCCAGCCAGCAGCCAGCUGCAGCCGGGGAGGCUGAAGGUUUCCCGGACCAGCCCCGAGCACGGUCCCUCGGCCCCGCCGGGCUCUCCGCAGCUGCCCCCCCAGGGCCCCUCCAUCCCGGCCGUGCCCAGGCCCCCGGUGCCCUCGGAUCCCGGGUGGCUCCCGGAGGCUGUGCCAGCCUGGCCGGGGCACCCCGGGCACAGCGCCCGCCUCAGCCGCACCGUGCACGGCCUGCCCGGGCCCGAUGUGAAGAUGGUGAUGCGCAUCCAGGUGCGGAGCCACGAGGAGAGCCAGGCUCCUGGGCUGUCCCUGCCUGACCCAGGACAACCUUCUCCAGCAGAAAAACCUCCCAUGCCAGGCAGCCACCACUCAGCAGGGAACAGACAGGUGCAAGUGCAAAGCUGGAAGGACCUCGUCAGCAAGGUGAACGCCCAGAUGGACGAGGAACAAGCACGUGGGUACCCCAAGAACCUCCAGCUCACCCCCAAGGCCGGGCAGAAGGUGCAGAGAGGCAGCCCCCAGCCCCCCAGCCCCAGGAGAGGGGCAGAGCAGGCAGCAGAGAAGGACAGGGUGGAUGAGGAGGAGCUGGAAAUGGAUGCAGGAGUGAUCGACAGGGAGGAGAAGGUGCAGAAGGAGGCCGUGGUCCAGGAGCCCAUGAUGCCAGAUGAUGCUGCAGACCCUGCCCAGGACCCCAAUAACCAAGGUGAGGAUGAGUUUGAGGAGGCUGAGCUGGAGAGACCUGACUUCGAGGAGAAGGUGGGAGGCUUGGAGAAGUUUAAGGAGCCCAGCAUUAAAGAAGAGUCCAAGGAGAAGCCACCAAAGGAUGCUGGCAGAGCUGCCAAGCCCAGGGAAGACCCACUGGAGGAGUACCAAGAAGAUCAGGAGCAAGAAAUUGUACGACACCAAGGAGGAUCAUGGAGGGGAGGUGGAUGACAACGAUGACCUGGAGCUUGUCCAAGAGCAGAAGGACCGUGUAGGAAUGCAGGGAGCUGGUGGCAAGAAGGAUGACUACUUCUGAGAGCUGCUGAAGGAAAACGGGAUGCUCCAGGAUUGAGGGGAUGGGAAUCCUCAAUUAAACACCGCCCAGAACAAAGGCAGGAGGAGGGAGCUCUCUGCAGGCCCUGGCAGGGGUGUGCAGACCACAAUUCCAUCUCGGUGUGGGGCCACUGGGAGAUCUCUCAGACUGGGAAUGAUCCCGUCCUGCUGCUUUUCUUAGAAGCACUUUUCGAUUUCCUGUGUGUUCUUCGCCCUCUUGUUUCUCACGUCCCCUCCCGAAGCUGGAGAGGGUUUUUUUGGUCCGUUUUUGGGGGGUGUUUUUUACCCCUCCCCAGGCAGCAGAGGGGUGCUGAGCUGCUCCCCUGGACUCACUUGACUGAUGUCUAAUACAAAGGAAUCUGUCUUCAUAAAUUAUUUCGCUCAGGAGUGUUUCUUUAGCACACCCUUCGCUCCCCUCCGAGCAGGGUGGGGAGGGAAUCAGAGGAGAUUUCCAGCUCUUUGUGUGGAGCUGCACCAGCCACGGCCAGCAGUGUGUGUGUGUGUGUGAACACCUGCACUCCCUGCGUGGCACACACACCCUGCAGAGCCCUGGAGAGUUCUUGCCUUGCCUUUGAGCUGUGACAGUCCUGCUGGGCUCAAGAGUGUCCCCAUGCAAUGCUGUGCAUCUCCCCGGGUUGCUGCUGGAGGUGAGGUGCUGGCCUGAGCUGAGAGAGGCUCUUCCCCACGGGGACGGGGACAGCCACACCAGGAAAUGGGAAAUAAGGACUAUUUGCAGCCCAACUAAUGCAGUUCCAAUCUGUUUGGCUUAUUUCCAGUCUCCCGACAUUUGACAGGGAGCUAAGGUGAGUUUUGCUUCUUCUAGACAGGUUUCAAUCAGCAGGCUGGAUGCAGUAGAUUGAAUUCUGUGUACUUUACUUGGCCUCCAAGAGAGAUCUUCCCUGACCUCAGGGACAGAGAAGGAACAGUCAGCUGGAGUUUAAAGUGAGAGGAGAAUGGGCUUAAUCACGGUAUCUCCAAGCCCAGAACCAGUUUUAAGUUCUAAGAACAAGGCAGAGCUGUCCCAGUCCCUGCCCUGUGCCAGACCCCUGUGCCUGAGCUGUCUCCUGCUUCCUCAUCACCAUCCUGGAAAUCCCAGACUCUGGGACCUCAGUCAUCACACACAGCUUGUGGCUGAAUGUCAUCACCUGCUAAAAAAUCACAGCAUCUUUGUUCUCUAUUUGAAUUAGUUGAGCUCUUUUUAAUCCCUUGUUUGUGGCGUAUUUUGCAAGCACUUUCAGACUCGGGGGAAAACAAUAUUUAUUUCCCAACAAGCUCAGCCUUUUUCAUUCUGACAGCAUUGAUUAUUUUUUCUUCCACUGGUUGUAAUGGAGCUUGAAAUUUACAUUUCAUAGGACUUUUUUGGUUCUUUGCUUUGAUUCUGCUUGUGUUUCUUACCAGUACAAUCAGCUGUGUGAGUCCAGCUCUGGCGUGCAGUGGAGCAGAAUAAGGAAAGGGACAAUUUUAGGAAAUUAUCUUUUAGCCAAGUGCCAGAGCUGCUCGUGGAGCCCAGUAAGGAGCUCGCUACAAAACUCCAGUGGGGUUUAAGCUCUCCAAAAUAUUUCCCUGAGAUGGUUAAAGCUGCGUUGGUGCUUCCUCUUGCCAGCCCUGCUGUGAUGCAAGGCUGCUCCUCUAUGAAUAGCACGCUGACAGCAGAUCAGCUGAGGCUGCACUUGCUGCUUUCAGAGCAUCCUGAUCAGAACUGCCUCCCAUUCCCGGGUCAGAGCAGCACCCCUGGGCACCCAGCCCACGGCCCCAGUGCCAAAGCUCCAUCCGUGCCCAAGCUGCCCCAGCUGUGUUCAGCUCUCCCUGCCCGCUGCGCUCACCCACUGCUCUCCCUUAGCCUGGCACUGUCAGCUCCAGCCCUCACUGGAAGUGAAUCAAGCACUGGAAAUAGAAGCCCAGUGGGGGUGAGGCUGCUCCCUGAUUCAGGCUGCAGGAAAAUCUAAAUUAGGAGGCAGAUUCUCUGCCUUUGCAUGCCUAGGGUGAGUAAUCCUCCAAGUUAUGGCUUGGAGGGAACUGCAGCAACUCAGGCCUGAAUGCAAAGCUCCAGCUUGGAGGAUGCUUUAGGAACCAUAUGUCAUGUGCUGCCCUCAGCUGAGAGCAAACGUCUCUGCCCUGGGGAUUGUCUGCCCUGGCCAUAGCUGAGACUAAAAUUAGCAGAGUGUUGCAUAAAUUGCGAGCUGUAGGUUCAUUGCCUGGCCCACAGGGAGUUUUAAUACUUGCUGUUUCCUCUAAGAAGAGACAAUAAGCCCAGUGGAGGAGAAGCAGAAAAGCCAAAACCCUGUGGUGCUGGCUCUGUCUGGAGGGCUGUAGAGCAAUCUGGGUUUGAGACGCAGCUCAGAGCAGAUCUCAGGGUUUGGCCUGAGCAGCAGGUGCCGUGAAAAGCCCAAGCUGGAUUUUACUGCCCAGAACAAGGUCUCAGGAAACAGACGGAUUGCUAAGAGAGCAAACAAUGAGACAAAGGAUUCACAGGGAGCCAGCACGGGCAGGCUGACCAAGCCAAAGCACGUGGGGCUGCUUGGCUUGGCAUAAAUAAUUGAGGUUUUGGCCAAAAAAAGUGCAGAAGGUGUCGUUAACCCGUAGCGUUAUGAAUUUUUUGAUGGGUUCAGGGCCUUCACUGCUGUGCCAACCAUGUCCCCUCCCCGCACCACGCUCCAGAGCCUUGGAUCUCCCACCAGGACUCUGAGUGAGUUGUUAAUCACAAGCAGCCACAGAGGCUGGUGCCAGAUCUCUUCCCUGGACGUGGAGACGUCUGGAAGAACAGUCUGCUCUUCACCGCUGGUAGGGGAAGGACACAAAGCGUGAAGGAGGAAAAACUUGCUUGGUUUGGCUCCAGCCACUUCCUGAACAUGCUCACAUUUCUCAGGAAGGGCAGUCAGAUCUCCAGUUUUUGCAUCCUGGCUGGAAUUCCACACGUAGAUUUGCCAAGAAAUGCCUUCAGCAGCACAGCACCUCUUCCUGCUCCAAUAUCUGAGUGUUUCCAAGCCCUAACUGCACCUUCAGCAUCCUCUUCUAUGCUGAUCCUAUUUUUAAAUUGAUUCUUAUUGAUCUCUCUUGGUAUCAAAAGAGAUUUCUGGCAACUUUCCGUAGUCUAUCACACACCCCAUUAAAUCUGGUGAAGAACUAGAUGUGGAAAUAACGCGCAACACUUGGUAUUGGUAAAUUAAAGAUUUCCUUAAGAGCCAUACACUUGAAAAAUCCAGUUUUUCCAACAGGAAAAGGUGUCCUGAUGUCAGACCAUUCAUGUUCGAUGCAUCAGAAAGCAAAAUAAUUUGAACAAAUUCCACGCUGCUGCAGAUUACACUUUGUGUAUAUGCAAGCAUCACCUUCCAGGUAUGAUUUGGGGUUUUUGUUCAGGCUGUGAAAUAAAAACAGGCCUAGGGAUCU